GUGCGUGAAGAAACAGAAUGGAGACCGGGCAAAUUUUCGAUGUUAUGGAGGUUUUCCUUGGCGCGCUAGUCCAGGGGUAGAUUGGCGCUGACUGUCUUCCCGAGGGGUCUCCACUUAGGGCCCCUUCCCAGCCUCUUUCAGAUACAUGCAGAAAGAUCAAGUCUAUUGUGAGCUUCGUGGCUUACCCCGCGAUUAUAACUCCCGUCGAUGGGAAGAAGAGCGGCUGAGCUUCACACACCAAACGCCUGUCCGUCGAUAUGGACACGCAAUCUACCUCCGCAAGGACCGUCGCCCACAGAGACGCGAGCAUCGAAUACAUCGGCGACAACAUCUUUCGAUUGACACUCACCCCGGAGAACAAAGCGGAAGUUUUUGAACCUGCCUUUGCCAAGCUCGACGAAGGUCAAGAGGAGGCCAGCCUCAUCCUUCGAAAUUUGACCUCAUGGUGUCCAGAUGUCGCUGCUCGGUUUUCCCAACGCUCAACUACCACCAUCUUGAAGACACCAUUUCGUCUGGUCUUUCCUUCUGACGUUCGGGGAGCUUUCAACAAAGACCUGUAUCCACGACAGUAUUUUGCGAUUUCCUAUUGCUGGCAUUCAAGCGACUAUCUGAGCCCGAAUUAUGAAGCGCACGAUCGUUGGCCCUUCAGCAAACCCUUUGUAGAUGCCAUUCUGGGUGAGAAAGAGCACCCUCGCAUAGGACUUUGGAUUGAUCAGCUCUGCAUUGACCAAGAAGAUACUCUCGACAAGCAAUUGUCUGUUGCUGCCAUGGAUGUGAUAUAUCGAUCAUGUCUGCGUUUGCUGGUUCUGUUAGAGGAUGUCACACUUACUGAGGCGGAAACGCACUUUGUGGAAAACUUCGAUAUCACCAAAGUACAGUGGCACAGAUCAUGGAUUCCUGAGCCGGACGUUAGACCGCUCUAUUUGUCUUUCUACAAGAAGGUCAAUGCAGCGAGAUGGUGGGAUCGUGCCUGGUGCUUUCAUGAGUUCAACGUCAAUGAACCAUGGAGUGACAAGAGGCAGCUAUAUAGAAACCACAAUGCAACGUUCUUUAUGAAUGGUCCGGGUGAUUCUAUAGUAAAGAUGAAGUGGGUAAACCUCCACAUCAUCAUGUGUACGGCGUUAGACUUGCCAUCUCCCGAGAGCGAUAUCGACAUAAACGCCUUCAAAGGCCAGGAAAUAUUUACGGGUUUCACCAACAAAGACGGAACACCUACAUCGGCAAUGAGAUCAAGUAUCAUGGCCCGUCACAACAGCGUAUCUCGAAAAGGCUGUCAGAAUCUUGGAGACCGCAUCAGCAUCAUGAUAAACACAAGUGGGCGUGCUCUUGCAUACUACGGCGAAGCCUUGAGCAGCAGAGAAGAGGUGCUGUAUUUCAGCGCCAUCUUAGCCCUUGCCGCAGGAGAAACAUACCCACUGAGUAUAAUGGAUAGUACAUCGAUCAGACUCAUGGGCAAUACGACGUGGCUUUCGCGAAGUGUCACUACUGCCGAUACUACGAUUCCGAAUUUUUCCCUCGGAAGUGUGCAGGGCAUCCGGCAGAUUUCGACCGAAGUCAUCAAAAUUGACACCAUCUUUCUCAAAAGACCCGGUGUACUAAUAGAACAUGACUUGGAGUUGGAUGCUGUCAGCCAAGUCUUCCCCGACACCAUACCGACUACAGAGCCAGCAAAGUACCUUGUUGAUGGAAGCAGAUUACAUGUAACUGCUCCCCGGACGGACAGCGAAUGCGAUGGGCACCGACGAAGAUUCAUCGCCACUUGUAUCAACAAUGGUAUUCGGUUUACUGCCAAUCUAUGGGAGCAGCUAAAACGUGAUGUUGUACACCCCAACUAUAACCAAGGCAUUUUCAGAGAUCUGCAGCCAAAUACUGCCCUUUGUAUACCAGCACAAAGGUUUUUGGAGCAGCUAAAUCGAAAUGCGGGCUCGGAAACAUUGAAAAGUACUGUAUUUGAUGUAGAAGACGCCACGUUGUUCCUGACCUGGGUAACUGAUCCUCGUUCAAUGUAUUACAUCGGCUCUCUUUCGGUCCGCUUGCAAUGCACCAUGGAUGGGCGUCAGGCUCUCAUGACUAUCAUGAGCGUGAAGAAAGACUGCGAAGAUGCCAACCUUGAGGAGCUGCAAGUCGCGAUUCCUACUGAUUUGCUCAAUGCGACUUGCAUGACGUCAAGGGCUUGGAUUUUGCAACCGUUGGAGAUAAACGAAGGCGUCGUGUUGAGCUGGAGGGUCGUGGCAAAAGCGCUACUGCUUGGUGAGCCAAAUUUGAUGGAAGAGGUGAGACUUCACGGCAAUCGAGACGAUGCGGCGAUGGCAUUGAAGGCGGGUACAUGCGUGGCUGGUUAGGCAUGUCAUGGGCCUGUGCCCCGAGGUUGGUGCGUAGCGCAGAGUACACUACGGGAGUUGCUGUCGAUAUUCUGAGCUUCAUGAAAACAUGAAAACAAAUCUCAAUGCCACAUGUGCGGGCAGCUUGCUUCGCUCCGGCGUACAAGAGGUUACAUCUAUUCAAUGACCCGCUGUCUUUAUUAGCUAUGCUGUCUGUAUCUUAGCGGGCGGACGAGCAUAGCUGCCUGUUGGUUAGGAUUCUUGUUCUACACUGCCC